CCUCCGCCUCCCGCGGCCUUCCCGUAACUCCCGCCCUCGGCUCGCGCCCCGCACUGAUUCAUAGCCGCGCGCACGUCCGCCCCGCGCCCCGCGCCGCCGAGGACCGGCCGGCUCCGGCGCCCUGGCCGCCCGGGUUCUGCUGCCUCCUCAGCAUUUACUCCAAGUUCUGUUGGAUUCAUAGGCAACACAACCCAAGUAAUGACUGAAUACGCUUUCACUCCAACAAUCCAGAAGCAUAUGCAGUGAACAGCGACUUGUGACCAUCAUCUGAAUACCACGCUUAAGGAAAACCAGAACCCAUGGCUUUCUUUGCAGUCUUUCCAGCGGUAUUCUUCUUAGCACUGCUGUCCUGGAGAACUUGCCAGAGUGAAGUCUUGGCUGAGCAUUUGCCAUUGACUCCUGAAUCACUUAGUGUUUCCUUCAGUUCUUCGCUUCAGCGUUUGGAUUUACAGUGGACUGUCCACAAGCUUCCUUACCAGGAAUUACAGAUGGUAUUUCCAAUAGAGAUCAGUAGAACUGAAACUUCCAAAGUCAUCUGGAUGGGUAAUUACAGCACCAUUGUGAAGAGGAACCAAGUUCUGCACUGGUCUUGGGAAUCCGAGCUCCCUUUGGAAUGUGCAACACACUUUGUGAGAAUAAAGAGUAUAGUGAACGAUGCAAGGUUCCCUGAGCUGAGUUUUGAGAGCAACUGGAGUUCCUGGGAGGAAGUUCAUGCCCACACUCCUGGACAGAAGCCAUUGCUGUUCCCUAAAGAUAAGCUGGUGGAAGAAGGUGCCAAUGUCACAUUUUGCUUCAAUUCUGGGAGAAAACAUGGCAUGUCAUGUUACUUGGAAGAGGAACUGAUUCAUGGAGAACAACUUGAUUCAAAUAUAUUCACAUUCAAAUUGACUAACGUUCCCUUCAUUAGACAAGAAGGAACACAUGUCUAUUGUGGGGUAAACUAUGAUCUUCUGGAUGGCACUGUUCUCUUUGUGUCAAAAGUGCUGGAGGAGCCCAAGAAUUUUUCUUGUGAAACCCAAGACCUAAAGACUCUGAACUGUACCUGGGAUCCUGGGGUGGAUACUAGCUUGAGUUAUGAUCGACAGCAACAAAACUACAUUUUAUUUGAAUCGUUUUCUGGGAAAGAGAAGUAUUGUGAGCACAACAAGUGGUGUACUUGGGAAAUUUCUCAAGAUUUGGAAGCAACAUACAACUUCACACUCACAGCUGAAAAUUACUUAAGGAAGAGAAGUGUCAACUCUGCUUUUAAACCAAUUGAUCGAGUUCACCCAAAGGCUCCCGAGAGUGUCCAGUUUGAAAAUGUAGGCGCCACAUCUGCCGUAGUGACUUGGAAGAUUCCUGUCCUUGGGAAUUAUUUCACACUUUUGUGUCAGAUUGAACUCCAUGAUAAAGAAGAUGUGAGACGGGAGCACAAUGUCUCCAUCAAGGUGAACGGUGAGUUUCUCUUCAGUGAGCUGGAGCCGGACACAGAGUAUGUGGUCCACAUCCGCUGUGCCAACAGCAAGCGCUUUUGGAAAUGGAGCGAAUGGGUCACUCAUACCCUUGUCACAGCUCAAGCUGCUCCCUCCAAGGCUCUCGAUGUCUGGAGAAUAGUGAAGUCCAGCAAAGGAUUUCAUAAUGUGACCUUAUUCUGGAAGCCGCUGUCCAAAUCUCAUGCCAAUGGCAAGAUCCUAUUCUAUAAUAUAGCUGCAAAAAAUCUAGAUAAUGAAUCUGAGUUAAAACUCUUGCGUAUCCCUGCACCGGCCAAUGGCACAGAACUAACCCUCGACCAAGGUUCUUACCAAAUCCAAGUCACAGCUAACAACAGUGUGGGUACUUCUCCUGCCUCGGAGAUUGUCAUAGCUGCAGACUCUGGGAAUGAAGAGGUUGAAGAAGAAAAAAUUAAUGGCACCAACGAUGGAUUUCUUAUAUCUUGGAAACCCCAAUCUGGAGAGGUGACAAGUUACAUUGUGGAGUGGUGUGAGCACCCACAGAACCUGCACUGUGAUUUACAGUGGAAGAACUUAGGUCCCAAUACCACUGAAACAUUCAUCAGUUCAGAGGCUUUUACACCAGGGAUCCGAUACAGCUUCAGAAUUUACAAACUAUCCACAGAAAAGACUGCUUACUUAGUAGAGAAAAAAACAGGAUAUUCUCAGGAACUGGCCCCUCUGGACAGCCCGCAAGUGGCCGUGAAGAACUUGACAUCGCACUCCUUCACUCUGAGCUGGGAGGACUACGACACUGAGCGCCAGCCAGGCUUCAUACGAGGGUACUAUGUCUGUCUGAAGUCCAACGCCACUCACUGCCACCCAGGUUCUGUAAAGGAGAGUCUGCCAGAUAAAUCAACAUGUUGUAAACAUGACAUCAGCGACCCAAAACAAAAGACGUUCCUGGUGAAGGAUCUGCAGCCUGAAUCCUUCUACGAGUUUUCGGUCUCUUCCUACACGAGCGCUGGCGAGGGCCCCAAUGGAACUUUCACCAAAGUCACGACCCCAGAGGGACGCUCCCACAUGCUGAUUUAUGUCGUACUGCCCAUGACGCUGUGUGUCUUGCUCAUCGCGAUCACGUGCUACUGGAAGAGUCAGUGGGUGAAGGAGAAGUGUUAUCCUGACAUUCCAGAUCCUUACAAGAGCAGCAUCCUGUCGCUAAUAAAGUCCAAGGAGAACCCUCGCAUAACAAUAAUGAAUGUCAAAGACUGCAUUCCAGACGCCAUUGAAGUUAUAAACAAAUCAGAAGGGACCAAGGCGGGAUGUAUGGGCACCUUGAAGCCGCUCACAGGAAGUGAAUCCUCCAAGCCUGCCAACAAUUACCAGGAUUUCCCCUGCCCUGCCGCCUGCAUCUCUUUUGAGAACUUGACCUAUAAUGAGUCAGCUUGUGACUCUGGCUCCUGUGCCUAUAUCCCAGGACCUGCUACAGCCCUGCCAUGUCAGCUGGGGCUGUUAGCCUCCCCUGACAAUUUACCAAAUACAGCAGAAGAUGCACACACAAAUUUCCAAGGGGAUAUCCCAGCUGGAGAAAUUAGUUUGAAUUAUGUAGCCCAGCUGGCUUCCCCCAUGUCGGGAGACAAGGAUGGUCUUCUGAUAAAUCCUCCAGCACCAGAACUGUGCUCAGAGUAUAAAAUGCAAAUGGCAGUACCCUCCCACCUCUCCUCGCCUGUCCCCAGUGAAAUGGCAGCCUCUCCCGAACCUUUUUAGGUCAAGGUGAACACUGCCAUUAAUAAGCACCAUCCUAGUUCACAGGCUACGCAGAUGCCAACGGGAGGCUCCGAGCAUCACAUGUUCUCAUCCCAGGGAAACGUCACUGUGUGUGUCUGAUCUAGAUCACACCACUAGGUUUGGCUACAAUAAAGGCCAGCAGCUGUGGAACUUAACACUGCCCCCUGCAGGCUCACUGCAGAAAUGAGAGGAUCAUGCAAACAUGCUGACCUUGUUGUGUUGUUUUAUUUUAGUAGACCUGAACUUGACAUGGAGACAGGCAUUAACCACUCACUCGAUAGGCCCUGCCUGUACAGGAUGGCUGUAGUUCUAGAGCUCAGUUUUUAGUGAGAAAAUACUGCCAUUAAGAUUUACCCUCAUGUUUUAGGGGUAAAGCAAUUAGAUUAUAAGCUUUGAUAAAAGCCAGAAUAAUAAAUGUGAAUUUGUGUCAGGCAAAAAGUUAAUAGAUGAUAAUAGAGACUAAAACAUUUUAGACUUGCCUUGACAUAGUAAGAAUUUGUAAUCCCCAUUGACCAUAAAAUCAGCUUUUGGGAGUACACAGACCUAACCUAAAACGUGAGAUGUUUGUAUGAGUGAGAUCUUCACAGUUCUGUGUAGCUUACUACAGUGGAGAGGUGGCAAGGCACUCCUGUACAAUAGAUAUUUUUUCUUCUUCACUUUUGACUACCUCAGAAUAGGGGGAAAAAUAUCAGAGUAACCAUUUUUUUUAAAGAACUACAUACCUGUAGUAUACAUGACUUAUUUCUAUUUAACUUCCCUUGGGUUCUGUAAUAGGUUUGGGUCAAGAGAAUUCUCAUUAUUUGUAGUAUGCUAAAAUAAAUAAAAUGAAACCUUAUAAUGAAUAUAAUUUGAAUAUAGCCGUAAGAAGUUCUGUGAAGUGGGAAAUUCCAUUAGGUCUGUAGCAGCUAAUCUCCAGUUGGCCUUACCUGUGCUGUAGUCUGGAUAUUCAACCAACCACAGGCUGAAAACAUGCAGAAAAAAAUGCACCUGUACUGAACAUGUAUGGAGUUUUUUCUUGUUAAUACUCAACACCACAGUAUAACAUUUAGGUAGCAUUUACGAGCUAUUAGGUGUCAAUAUGACAAAGUAUAUUAGGAGAUAUGCAUAGAUUAUGUACGAUACCAUUUUGUAUAGGGACAUGAGCACCCGCAGCUGUUGGUACCUGCAGAUUUGCAUCAGUGCCCCAUGGACACUGAUGACUGUGUAUGUAGUGCAUCUGGCAGUUCCUUUCUCCAUGUUGUCAGCUAUCUGUAGUGUCUGUCAUCUCUAAACAAGCACGUAAGGAGAUUCCAUUUGUAUUUUAGCUGUCGUCAAGGUGGUGACUGUCUAAACCCUUGGCUGUGCUACCAAAUGUCAACACAAUGCACGUAUCCACAUCUCAAAUGGCUUAAAAAUAAACCUUCACACACCAGUGCUGUUCUAUUCAAGAUUUCCAACUUUUUCCUUACUUAUAACUGAGGCCUUUGCUGAAAAUCUGGUUACGUCCUAACAGUGCAAGGUAGUAAUAUACUCUGUGCUUUUCUGUCAAUUGUAUUUUUAUUUGAAACUUUGCUUUAUAAAUGUUUCCACGUAGACUGUCACAAAGCUUGAAGUUUUCCCUGCUGAAAUAAGCCUCAAUUAAAACAUUUCACCUUCA